AUAACUUGUGGACUGGACAGUAUGUCCGUUUCAUUUCAAGUGGAAAUUUCGAAACAAGAACAUCCAAAAUAAUUUGUGGACUGGACAGUUUCAUUUCAAGUGGAAAGUCGAAACAAGAACAACAGGCAAUGGAGAAAGAAUACAGAUUGAAGGUACCGGAUACAGUCCAGCGAAUGACUAAAAUUUAUCACAUCGUCGGACUGUGGAAGAGUGGGAAUGGGAACGUUGUUUCGAUGCAACAGGCAGCUUACUUUAUUUUCUUUUUCGGAUUUAUACUGGCAUCGUUGAUCGGAAUUUGGACAAUUGACGAUGCCGAUAACGAUGUAUUUCUGGUAUCGGUUGUUCUGGUUGGAAUAGUACAGACGUAUCGACUGUACUUUAUUAUCUGUGAGCAAAAACGAAUUGUCGAUUUCAUGCAUACAAUUAGCAUUAACAGUACAGCCGAUUAUAAAACCUUUUACAACGCAAACAACAAACUAAAAACGUUUGAGACAUUUACCAAGUCUUUCUUUGGCAUUUUAUUCCUGUUAUGGGUUUGUGUUAUAAGCUUGCCUCCUGUUAGGAAGCAGCUAAUAUUCGAUAUAGCCUUCCCAUGGGAUUACGAAACCAAUGAAUGGGCUUUUUGGAUGGGACAUGCAUAUGUAGUUGCAACGUAUACUAUGUCAAUAACUAUCUUUAUGUUUGUAUUCAUGAUAUGGUACAUGAUGCUGAUCUUUGUGAUAAAAUAUGAGUUACUGGCGAGUGAGUUUCGAAAUUUGGGAGCAGUGAGGGAAGGAAACGCAAGCGAAGAGACUGUGGAAAAUAUGACAAGAGCUCAAGACAAAAUAGCUUCACGUUCGACAAAUUUAGCCAAGUCUGAAGGAGGAGAAACAUCUUAUGUUAAAAAUUUGGUUGAGGCAGUCAAACGACUCUACACAAUUAAUGGACAACUCGACGGGUUUGAAUUAAAAUUCUCCACAAUAUUUCUACUUCAAAUUAUCACAAGCAGCAUUUGUAUCUGUGGAGCUACCUUCGUGUUGGCGUUCACCCAUGACAACUUCUUUCAAGACGCAUUUUACAUCAUCGAGAUCAUCUACUGUUUGGCCGAUAUUUUUGCUGUUUUGUACUUGGCAAACGAAAUCAUGUUAUCUGCUGACAAAUUGUCUUACUCUCUCUUCGAAUCCAAUUGGUUUGUUCAGACGCAAUCCUGCAAGAGGAAUAUUCACAUUACGAUGGAAUAUCUGAAACAGCCGAGAUGUUUCGUAGUUGGUAAAUUGUUUCCUAUGAACAUCGAAACAUUUAUUGUGAUCGUUAAACGUUCCUACAGCAUGUUCAAUAACUUAGGAAGUUUUAAACAGUAGAUCGUUCCGUGUAAACUGUAGCACACUUAUCAAUGAUGUUCGGCUGGGUUGAGUUAAGAUAA